AUGGACGACUCUUCUGCAACUAAUCCUCACCACGAAAACCUCACCAACGGCACAUCAACGUCAGAUCGAAAGCAUCCAUCCUCGGCCACCAAGCUCUCACCCGCAGAGACACCACCUCAGCCAACAGCGCUCCAGCAACACGUCUUGUUCUGGGACAGGGACAAUGAUGGCAUCAUCCACCCUUGGGACGUCUACACGGGGUUUCGCGAACUUGGCUUCAAUGUCCCGUUCUCCAUCGGCUCCCUUCUAAUUCCAAUCUUUUUCUCGUAUCCGACGAGCUUGGCCUAUAGCUGGAUCCCGGACCCGUUGCUCCGGAUCUACGUGGACAGUGGACACAAGGCCAAGCACGGAUCCGACACUGGAGUGUUUGAUGUCGAUGGUCACUUCCACGCCGACAGGUUCGAUACCAUGUUUGAGCGGUGGGACGUGGAUCGAUGUGGAGGACUGAGUGCCGACCAGAUGUGGGCCAUGUGGAAGAAGAACCGCCUCGCAGCCGACGUGGCGGGCUGGUGUUUCGCCUUCAUGGAGCUGUGGACGACAUGGUUGUUGUUGCAGAAAGACGGAAGGGUAUGGAAGGAAGACUUGAGAGGCUGUUACGACGGAACACUGUUCUGGAAGAUUAGCGAGCUCGUGCAAAAGGGGCAGUGGGAUCAGGGGUACGGCAUCCGAGAUUUCUUUGAUGGCAUGCGCAGAGGUGGCACUUGGAGGAACUGGGAGGUCAAGGACCAAGGCCAUGAGCAUACGGGUAGUAUGAAUGGCUCAGCUCAGAAGAACUAG